AUGUCGAACUUCGUUGCUGAGAUUAGACCCAAGCCAUUUCACUCUACAAGCCAGAACCCCUCCUAUGGAAAGGAUGAUUUUGUCGCAGAGAUUCGGUCCAAGUCAUCCCGUCAGAACACUGCCCUACCGAUACACGACAUGGGCCUGUCUUGUGAGGCUAGCGACUCGGAUAUUCAACAGAUACUUUCAGAAAAGAAAUUCUCUAGAGAGGGUCUGGUUCAUCUUUUAGAGAGGUCACUGGUGACUUUAGUAGAGAAACUGCUAACUGGUAGGAGCAUAUGCAACAUUGAAGGGGCACUGCGUGUCUCCUUCUGUGGCAAUGAAUGUCCACUUAUUGUAAACUUGCAAAAGCGUUUUCCAGACAUUUCAAACUCACAUCAAACAGAGCAAAUAAUUCUAGAGAAACAACAGCCAGGAAAUCUACUUCAGGAGAAACGACAGACAGAAAGUCUAUUUCUAGAAAAAGAGCAGUCAGAAAAUAUAUUUCUGGAGAAACGUCAGACAGACAAUCGAGUUCAGGAGAAGCAUCAGCCAGCACAUAUGCUCCUGGAGAACUGUCUGAAUGUGAAGGUUAAAGCAAGAGAUACUGCGCAAGCCUUACCUAUGCUUUGCAACAGCCCUGGAAUUUCAUCUUCUCCAGGUUGUGGCUUUGAAAGAGACACAUGCCACAGCCCAGUAGAAAUUGAUUGUGGUGUGACAGCAAUACCUAAGUCAGAUGGGAUUACCAGGUACCUAUCAUCUUGCGUUCCUGACAAUAACCAAACAACUCAGGUAAAUGGCGGUCUGUCGUUUACAACUCUGGAUACUAAUUUAAUCCAUGUUACUCGCGUGGCUUCUUCUGCUUCAUCACCUAAUCCAGAUGGCGAAGACAAUGAAAUACAGCUUAAGUACACAGAGGAUGAUUGUCCAAUAAACAGGGAGAGCGAC